UUGUUCAGGUGGUACUUCGCGUUAUUCAGCAUUAGUGGUUUAUUCUCUGUAACAUUUAGUGUUAUACUGGCUUAUGUUGCUGAUAUAACAGAGAAGCAGGAUCGUUCUGCGGCAUAUGGGCUCGUUUCGGCAACAUUUGCAGCUUCACUAGUUACAUCCCCAGCACUUGGCGCAUGGAUAUCUGAUGACUAUGGUGAUGGAGCUGUUGUUUUACUAGCAACGAUUAUUGCUAUUGUUGACGUCUUGUUUAUUGUAUUCCGAGUACCGGAGUCGUUGCCCGUUAAACGUUCAGCAAGUGAUGUGAUAAGUUGGGAAAGUGCAGAUCCUUUUGGUACAUUGCGACUGGUCUGGGAAGAUAGAUUGGUUCUGCAAUUGGCUCUGAUUGUUUUUCUCUCAUAUCUACCGGAAUCGGGCCAAUUUUCUUGCUUCUUCGUUUAUCUGAAA